GGCGGCGGCGGGGAUGGCGGGGCGGCGGCUCGAACUCGAACUCGGGGCACCGCUCCCCUGACCCCACCUUAGGCCGUUGGGCCGGGGCCGCCCUAGGCUCAGAGACCCGGGCCCCUGCCGCCUCGGCCCCCGCGGGCUCGGCCAGGCCGUCGGGAGUGUCGUCGCGGGGCUGUGGGGGGCGGUGUCGGGGCGUCGGGGACGGUGCCCUUUUCUCGGACGCGCCCCGAACUCCUUGCCUUAGGGACCUGAGGAGAGGGGCCCCCCUUUGUCCAACCCCUGCGUUGACUUUUAAAACUUGGCUUUUCAGCAACGUGUCCGACAAUGGGCUCGUCUGGGCUUCUCUAGGGCGGUGGUCGGCAAACUCAGUCCUCAGAGCCACAGAUCUUUAUCACUGAUACCUAGAAAUUCUGAACACUCCAAGCAAAUAUGUUCUAAUGAGCCUUAUUGCUCCGACCAUAGGAAGGAUCUGUGGAUCAGAAUGAGCCACAAGAAACACGUCCAGAGUAAACCAAGGCUUCCUUCUCGUGAAGAUGCACAUUACCGAUGUUAUGAACAGAGAGCCCCUUCUCCAGACGCAAGAAGAAGCUCACCAGACGAUUUUUAUUCUAAUAAACUUUACCAAGCAUAUUCACCAAGAAGAAGAGACAGUAGCAGAUCUCAGUAUCCGUCCAGAUACUCAGAAGAUGUACACUACCAAGAGUAUGGCUGGGGUUAUCCUGAGAAAAUGCAAGGAGGGUAUCCUCCUUCUGAGCACAGAGUUAGAAGUGGAAAAGGAGGGCAAUCAUCGCAGAGGUCAAUGGCAGAUUCUUUGAGAUUGGAAGACAAGUGGCAUGAAGAUGAGUCGAGUCACCAGAGGAUGCAAGAUGAAAAACAUUGUCAGUCACUUAGAAGAGGCUUGGAAGAUUUUGAGAAACGGAGCGCUUUUCAGACAAGGUAUCUUGAAGAUCGCGAUUGCAGAAAAUAUAGACAGGCACCCGAAAGAUCUUUAGGCGAGAAGAGGUUUGAAAACAAUGACACUUCUAGAAACUCACACCGGAGAUCCAGGCAUAAUCCUUCACCUUACCAACAAAAGAAAGAGCCGUGGCACCUUCAACACCGAGCACAUAGAGCUCAUCAACAUGCCCACAGGAAGCCCCCAGAGGCCAGUUCAGUAACCAGGGACUAUCACCACGAACAUCAUAAGACCUCAGAUGAGGACCAGGGCUUUUCUGAUGGACGAACUGAGAAAUUCUCUAAGGAGAAAGACAGAAAAUGCCUUUCUCAAAUUGGCCUGGCAAAAAUACACCCCAGCUAUGUUAAUGCUAGAAGAGACAGAGAGACUGAAGAUGGGCAAGUCCAAGAAGCUUCUGAACCAUUUAAGAAUGACUAUACUCCCUCUACUGACUCAGAUAAAAGCAAUGUUAUUUUGAGACCCUAUAAUGGCAAACGGAAGAGGAAAAAGAACAGAGGAAGGGAUGGCAAAAGACAGAAGAACUCUUCCAGUAACCAAUUUGAUGAAACGAAACAUUCAUCUGCUAGUCUUCGGAAGAAAUCAAAAUCACUUAUAGUUAAAAUAGAUGUGAAGAAAACAGUAAAUACACCCAGCAUUCCUUUUAGCAUGACAGAGAGGCAGAUGUCACGUGAUCUGGUUGCUGUUGGCAGGAAAAGUGAGGACUUGGAUCCAGCCUUUGAACAACUUGACUCAACUCAGAAUACUGAAAACAAAGCUGCAGGAGAAUUUGCUCAGGAAAUCAUAACUGUAAUUCAUGAAAUUAAAGCAAAUCAUUUUCCAUCACCUGGCAUUACUCUCCAUGAGCGUUUCUCAAAAAUACAAGAUACACAAGCUACAGAAGGCGCAAAAGAAACUAAACCGACUUUAGAUCCAGAAAUGUGCAGGAAAAUAGACAUGUGUUUGGCCGAGCUUCGGAAUAAAAAUACGGUAUGUGGUUCAGAACAGACUCUGGUCAAAGUAAUAGAUCCAAAUGACCUACGACAUGACAUUGAAAGAAGGAGAAAGGAACGGUUACAGAAUGAAGAUGAGCACAGUUUUCACAUAGAUACUGCUGCAGAGAGGAAUAAUCAGUUUUCCUGCUUUCCAUCUCAUGCUGAUAGCUUCCAAUACCCUCAAAGUAUUAUACAGCCGAAUUUUAGAAAGUUUAUUCAGACUCCUUAUGUGGAUUAUACUAUGCAGAGAAAAGACAUUAUUCACUACGCAUUUCAAGUUCAGAGCAACCCUCAAAACAUGAGAGGCUUUAGACCUCCUAAGAACUACUUUAGAGGUGGCAGACUGCAGCCCCAUUAUAAAUCAGGCCUAGUAAAGAAGAGCUUGAACAUUCAGGCUAAAUAUCAGCGUUUACGGUAUGCUGGUUCAAAGGGAUUUUUCACUAAUAAAUUCAGAGAAAGAUUGCUGAGGAGGAAAAAGUUUUAAUAUUAUAGGAUCCUAGUAAAAGAAAUAUGCAGGCAUUGCCGCAGAAGUCUAAAGGGGAAUUUGUCGCAAAUGGAAUCAACACUACAGGACAUUUGACACUAAAGCACUAAUACUGUAACUUUCUUGAUAAAAUAAAUUUUUCUGUAGUGGAUUGCUGCAAUUUUUGUACACUUACUUGCUUUUAAAGUACAGUAUUUAAUUGAAAAGCUGUAUUAACUAGUUUCUUUAGCAAAAAAUUUCAAAAGGGCAUUCUUUGUUGAAUUUUUCUCUGAAUAUGGUUUCAUAGGGAACUUAACUGAGUUAUAUUCAAAUGUUUAUAUAUUGAAAGUUUUACAUAUGUAAUAAAAAACAAAAGUAUCUGAAUUGUAUAGACUCUAUACAUGAAAGGACUUUUAACAGUGGCCUUAUGGUAGCAAAUUUUAUACAAGAUAUUUUUUCCUGGUGAUAUUUUGACUUAUAACUUGAAGUUUUCUUAAGUGUCUGAAGCUCAAGGCCUUUAUAUUGUAAUUCAUACAUUUCAUAUUAUGGUCUAAGAAGGCAAGAGAAAAGGUGCUUCCAAAUAUUCCAUCAGGUAGUUAUGAGUGCACUGAACUUUUAGCAAUUGGUUCAUUCAGUUUUUUUCCAUAACUGUUUGCUGUUUUAGGAUUUUAAAAUGCUAUUGUGGAAAAUAUGUGAAGAUUUUGUAAUCUAUAUUCCACAUUACUUUCCCUCAGGGCAAGCUUGUGCAUAUCAUAUUUUUAAAGGCUUUUAAAAAAUUUGACAAAGUCUCAUAUUUGGAAAUUGUACUUUACUACUACAGCAUUACACAUUUUGUAAGCACAUUUUAUAAAAUGUUUAAGUUCAGUUGUAUCAAAUAUCUACUAUGUAUAAGAAUGGUUGGGAAUAUAAAUGAUAUUUUAGGCUUUAAUAUCAUUUCUUUAUGUUUUCUGUGUUCUGCUUAUUAUUACCUCUACAUUCCCAAUUGAAUUUUGUGAAAUGUUUAUUGGUAUCAAAAUAAACCAUUGUUGUUCCUUA